AUGUUUCUUCCAGUUUUAUACUUGUUUGCUAUUUUGGUGUUGUCUGUUCAAGCACAUACUGUGCCAGGCUUUGACUCAUUACAGAUCCAAUCUUCUUUGUCCAAGAGAGCCAAUUUGAUUGAUUCUAUUUACAAUGACUUGUCUGAUGCUGAAACUGACUUUAUUGGUACACACUUGAAAAACUUGACAAACUACAAUGCCACUAAAUGUGAUCAAUGCAAAUACAGAAUCAAGUAUGGUAAAUCGUUGAUUGAGGAAUACCCAGAUAAGUCACAUUUAGUCAGUUUGUUAUUAUUCAAACAUUGUUUGGUCAUCAACAACAAUACUGAAUCCAAAUGUGACAAUGUUGACUUUUUCGUCAGUACUGAUUACAAGAAUUUCCAAAAAUUCAACGAUGACUUUGAUUCUGGUAUUAAACAAGUUGGAUCAGUCAAUUUUUUUGACAAUGAUUUUUUGCACAUGCUCAAGAACUUUAACGUAUCCAGUGAUUUGGAUUUAGAAUAUUAUUGUUAUUUCAAAGGUAAAGGUGCUUGUAAAAUGCCUGCCACCAAAGAUGUGGAAAAAUUGUGGGGUAUUUCCAAAUGGUGGCCAGAAAAGAAACCAGAACACUAUUCUGAACCCCAAUACAAAAACAACAGUGAGAUAUUUAAUGUGCUUCAUUUCUCUGAUAUUCACAUCCAAUUGAGAUACGAAGUUGGUGCUGAGGCAAACUGUACCACUACACCAUGUGCUGCACCAGAAUCAUUCAAUAAACAACUUUUACUGAACAAUUACAAUUUUUCCAGUUAUUACAAACAUUUUAGUCCCAAUGCAACCAAUAUGGAAUUUUCGUUUUACCCCGAUGCUCACUAUGACGAAAAUAGUCAAUAUAUUAAAGGUGAUUAUUAUGAUUUCCCAUUGUACCGUGGAUGGAACUUUAAAAAUGCACCAGCUACUAGUUUUGGUGGAUAUCUUACUGAUUCUCCAACUGUACUUAUGAACAGUUCAUUGAUUCAUAUGGCUGAAAUGCACAAGGAAAAGAAUUUUGAGUUUGCCAUAUUUACUGGAGAUGUUGUUGAUCAUCUCUUGUUGUCAUGUACUCCAGAAUACACCAAGGAAGAAGAAAUUAAAAGUUUCAAAGCCAUGAAGUUUUUUUUCAACAACUUGACUGUUUUGCCAGCCUUGGGUAAUCAUGAGACUGGUGAAUACGGACAAUUGUCACCCAUUGCCUAUGAUUUUAAUGGAUCAUACAGUUGGAACCAAGAUGAAAUGGUUGAUUUGUGGAUAAAUAAUGAAUGGUUCCCAGCUAAAGAUAGAUAUGAUCUCAAGAGCCAUUAUGCUGGGUUUUCAUAUGUCACCAACCGUGGAUUGAAGGUUAUUGGAUUGAAUUCUAACGCUUACUACCAAAAGAAUUUAUGGUCAUACAUUGAUCUUUCAACCAACCCAGACUUGUUUGGUCAAUGGGAAUUUUUAGUUAAUGAAUUGAUUGAAAGUGAAAAGAAAGGUCAAAGAGUGUGGAUUAUGGCUCAUAUCCCCACUACUGAUUAUGAUACAUUACCAUUGCAAUCACGUAUCUUUGGGAAAAUUGUGGAAAGAUUUAGUCCAUAUACUAUUGCCAACAUUUUCUUUGCUCAUACUCAUAUGGAUCAAACCCAUAUAUUAUAUUCUACUAAUUCAUCCAAGGAAGCUGAAGACAUUAUUAACAUGUCUUGGGUCAUGCAAUCGGUGACACCUUUGGCCAAUUACAAUCCAUCUUGGAGAUACUACGAAGUUGAAAAUGAAAGUUUCAAUAUUAUCAAUUCAUUCAAUUAUAUGACUAAAUUAAAUGACACGUUUAUCAAUGGUGGUCAAGAACCUGUUUGGGAAUUUGAAUAUUCUGCCCGAGACUUGUAUGAUCCCAAGAAAACUUGGCCAGAAAAAGCUCCAUUGAAUGCUACUUUUUGGCACAAUUAUGUGUUUGCUCGCUUGAAAAAUGAAUCAGAUAUCGAGUUCAACCAAGAGUUUUCCAAUAUUAGAUAUAGAUUUGGUCCUGGUGUUCCUGAUUGUAAGAAUGGCAGUGUCAUAUCAGAUACCUGUUAUAAUGAAAAUUAUUGUGUUGUUGGUUCUUUUUAUAGUGACGAUUACCAAGCCUGUCUUAGAAACUAG